CGGGGAAACGGGCCCAGGUUGGUGUUUGUAAACUUGCCUCGGGCCCGGCGGGGGCAGCAGCGGCCGCAGGGUUGGCAGGGUGUGCUGGGCCUUGGAGAAGGCUCCGCGCGGCCGGGGAGACAGCGGGAGGCCGCGCCUGGCAGGUUUCUGAAAGAGAUCGAGAGCUUCAUUGAGAGAAUUCAACUGGAAAAUCAAGACGGGCAGACUCUCUUUUUCUUCAGACAAUAGGCAGGAGCCAGGCAGAGUCCAGGGAUUCUUGGGACACCUGUUUUUUUCCUUUGGAGGACACUGAGUUCUACUGGAAGACGAAGUUCAAUAUGGCAACAGGACUGAAGAAGCACGAAGGAAUCGUUUUCAUAAUUUGGUGACAGUUAUUCAAACGACAGUGUCUUAAGGAAAGGUGGAUCAAGGAACUACUGAACUUUUGGUUGCAUUAAGUGAAAAAUCAGCAUGGCUCAGGCAAGUCUCCUGGCAUGUGAAGGCCUAGCAGGUGUAAGUUUGGUUCCCACUGCAGCCAGCAAGAAGAUGAUGCUGAGCCAGAUUGCCAGCAAGCAGGCCGAGAAUGGAGAGCGGGCAGGUAGCCCUGAUGUGCUGAGGUGCUCGAGUCAGGGUCACCGAAAAGACAGUGAUAAGUCCCGGAGCCGCAAAGAUGAUGACAGCUUGGCUGAGGCCUCUCAUUCAAAAAAGACUGUUAAAAAGGUGGUGGUAGUGGAACAAAAUGGUUCUUUUCAAGUAAAGAUUCCCAAAAAUUUUGUUUGUGAACACUGCUUUGGAGCCUUUAGGAGCAGUUACCACCUAAAGAGGCACAUCCUUAUUCACACCGGUGAGAAGCCAUUUGAGUGUGAUAUAUGUGAUAUGCGCUUUAUCCAGAAGUACCACCUGGAACGCCACAAGCGUGUGCACAGUGGUGAAAAGCCUUACAAGUGUGAACGGUGUCAUCAGUGUUUUUCUCGGACAGAUCGAUUACUCAGACACAAACGGAUGUGCCAAGGGUGCCAGUCCAAGACUUCCGACGGGCAGUUUUCUCUAUAGGCGCAAGGGGCCCUGGGUGGUGGGAGUGAUCAGAAGAAUCUACUGAAGAGCACACCCCCUCUGGUCUGAUGGUCCCACCACCGCCGCAUCUGAACCUGUCCCCCUCCUGGAGGGGUGGACCCAGGAGACCAGAAGAGUGCAUCAGGGGACAGUGGCCCCAGAGCCUCAGCUCUGUAAAUAAUCUGAGACUAUGAGUAUCUCGGGGAAGUUCCUAACAGCAUUCCUGGGUAGGGGAGCUAGUCCCUGGACCCUUGGCUGAGAUCAUAGGUGGGAACUCAAGGUACAGGACCAAGACUGAAGUGUGGCUCCCACAACCUUGGACUCUAGCUGGCAGCUGAAAUGGAAGAGAUUGGGGAAUGGGAUUUGUUUGUUCUGUUCUUGUUUUUGUUUAUCCAAAAGCAAUUUCAGCAGGUAAACUGUGGAUACAGGUAAUCUGGAGGCAUAGAGUCCUGAUCCAAAGCAGGGACUAUGGCUGGUCCAGCUCUCCCCAAAAAUUAAGUUUUUAGUUGCAAUAGAUCCUCAGUGUACCACAGCCCUGCACCUCACUUCCUAUUUGAGGGAUGAUAGGAUCAGGGAUGGCAGCUGAGCUUUUUGGCCUCCUUACACACUGUAGGGACAAAGGGAAAAACAGUGGGAGGAGCAGACAAGGGCUGGAUCCAAAAGAGUGCACGGUACCUCUUACUUCCUCAAGGGAAGAGCAAGAGUUGUGCCCAUGGGUGUUGUAAUGGCCCGUGCCACACUGGUACCUGAUGGGGUCAGCUCAAGUGCCUUUAGGAGGAAACUUAGGUGAGAGUGGCCCAUGAAGCCCUUUUCUUCUUUCUUUGGGCAAUUGGUCUUGGAGAUGUUUGUGGCUACCUCGCUGCCAUUGACUCCUAAAGCCAGACAGAGCAAGGAGUUAUGGAUGUCAGAGUGGGUUCUCUCUCCUUGUGCCCUCUUAGGAACAAUCUAAGACUAGUCCCAAUUUGGCUAAGAGCUGUUCAAGAAACAAAGGAAUUUGGUGUCCUCUGACCUGACUGUUCAGCAGUAAGAGCUGUUCUCCCUCCCCAAGUCCUAUCACUGUAUUCAGGUAGAGGAAAUAGGGGUCUGUCCUUUGGUCCCAAAGAACAAGAUCUUGGCUUUCUUUUUGAUGGCCAUCCCUACCCAACAAAGAAUUGGGGGGUGGGGAGGAUGCUGCGGAGAAAAGACUGGGGAAGAAGCCUAAUGUAGGUUUUAUUCUUAACCAUGUUCUUUGCUCCUCUCUGCUCUGAUACCACCACCCUGUCCACCCCCAGAAAAGUGAUCAGGGGUGGGAGUGUGUGUUCAUGUGUAUGCGUGGUAUGUGAGUGCUCAUAUUUGUAUGCUUGGAGGAAAUGGCAUGUUAUUGAGCCAAACCCUUCUCUGGCCCUCACCUUAGGGUAGGAUGAACAGAAAACAGCCUUCUCCCACCAAGACCUGAAGGGUGCUUGAGGUCUCAGCAGGAGCUGAGAAACACAAUUUAGGGGACAGAAGGGCUUUGUUUUGGAGGGCUUAUUUUAGAUUGCUUCAACAGGCUGAUGGUUAGGGUGUUUGUAAGCCAAGCCAAGGCUUGUGAACAUGAAUUUUCUAAGGUGAAAUAAACCCUUUCUUCCUG